CUUAUAUUUUAUAAAUUGAAGUGUCAAUAUUCCUAAUUUCAGGCUGGAUUCGUAUUCGUAUUCAAGCAUAGUAUUUAGUAUUGUAUCAUUUCGUACAGUCAAUAAAAACUAUUACUCGAGACUAUCUGAUUUGUCCUGUUGAAAUAAAUUCAAAGGAAAUAUAAUGAAUAAAGUCCCAAUAUCUUCAGAAUUUGAAAGCGAUGGUGAUAAUAGGUGGAUAAGCAUUCACAAUCGUUUUCUUUCUGAGACCAGAGAGAAAGAUCCCGAUGUAAUAUUCAUUGGAGAUUCGAUAAUUCAAGCUUUACAACAUACUGACGUUUGGAAUGAGUUUUUUGCCCCAUUACAUUGCCUUAACUUUGGAAUACAUGGAGAUACAAUUGAGAAAGUUUUAUGGCGAAUUACUCAUGGGGAGCUGGAUCAUGUGAAACCUAGGGUAAUUGUUCUUCAUGUAGGAACAAACGAUCAUUCACUUACAGCAGAGGGCAUUCGAUAUGGAAUCCUGGAUAUAAUAUGUGAAAUUAAGCAAAAACAUUCAGAUGUUUAUAUUGUUGUUCCGACAUUACUUCCGAGAGGUCAACAUCCUAAUCCAGUGAGAGAGAAAUUGGCUAAGGUGAAUGAACUACUUAAAUCAAGUCUUAAUGGCAGAUCGAAGGUACAGUUGGUUGAAAUUGAUAAAGGAUUCAUCCAGCCCGAUGGUACAAUCAGUCAUCAUGAUAUGCACGAUUAUUUGCUCCUCACCAAUUCUGGUAGCAAGAAAGCUUUUGAACCAGUUUAUGAAUUAUUGGUCCAAUUACUAAACGAGAGCGAAAUAGAAAAAGAUCUCACACCGUCAGAAUAAAAAAGGGGCAUAUUUGUUGAAUUAUCUUACCAAAGGGUAUUUAGAAACCCAAGUUGAUUAUUAUAACUUCUCAAAAUGAUCUCAUAAUUCUCAUGAUUGAGAGAAGUAUGACAGAACAAUUUUAUUUAUACCUAUACAAAUUUGGAUUGAUGUAAUUUUCUGAGAAGAAUUCAUUAUUUGGUUUCCUUAAAUUACUGUAAAAAUUCUGCUCUUUCGAUUCUAUUUUGUGUGGAGAUAAUAUAGAGUUGAAUCUACUUAUUUUAUUACUUCAGUCAAAAGGAAACUAGAUGAAAAGAUUUGUGAAAAAAUGUUCCUUAUUAAUGUUUUGGGUUUCACCACUUCAGGCAUUGUCACUUUUACCCCUCUUUGUAUUUAUUGAAUUAUUUCAUUGGUUUUCUAAGCUAUAUAUAGAAAUUUGAAUAUGUGUACCUGUGAUAUAUCUGGUCUCUUUAUUUUUAGAGGACUUGAUGAACAUAUUUUUUUAUUUCCAUAUGGUAAAAUGAAACUUGAAUCAAUAUAAUUCUAUUUUGUGAAGUUAUAGAUAUGAAUACUUGAUUAUAUUUAUUUUGAGUGAUAUGCUGCGAACCAAAUUUUACAUGGCAAACUAUUUUUUGACCAAUGUGAAGACAAUGUGAAUUCGUUAGAGUUGUAUGAUUUUGAGGUUCAUGUGAUAAAUAAGACUUCAUUGAAGAUACUUAACUGACAUUAUUAUAUUUACUAUUAGUGCUUACAUUCCACAUUAAUCGUGAAUUUAAUUUGAUAGGUUAACUUUUAUUUUGUUGAUAGGUAGCUAUAAGGGUUCAAAUGAAAAAUGUAUUGAUUUAUUUCACAAGCUUACAAACUGAAGCUGAGUAGGAGCUGAACACAGAGGUACAUACGAUUCCAUAAUCUCAAUUUGAAAAGGAGUGAACAUUCGUAGUUUAAUGUUGUGAAUAAUAUUGCCGAAAGAUCUUGAUUUUUGUUUAUAGCAAGAAUGAGAAGUUCUACGGUUCAGUCUGGUAAAACAGUUUUCAUUGAAGUAUAAUAUAUAUAUUACUACUAACUAUGGAAUCGACUGAACCCAACUAUUCAAAAUGCUUUUUGUUAGCUGAAAAGUUUCUCAGUACUUUGGUAUGUAUAUGUUAAACAUAUGUAUGAAUUUUUAAGUUUGUUCUUUUCCAAAUGAUUUUUGCUCAUUGUAAAAGCUAGAUAUGUCAAAUGAAUAAAGUUUGUAAUUUUCAUAUUUCUAAA